AUGACCAACCCCUACUACGCUCUGCUCGUCGUCACACUGGCCACCGUGGUUGGGCUGACCCGGGCGGAAAUCGGAGGUCAGCGCGCUGCCCUGGGUGGGCCCCGCACGGUCAUGGAUCUGAUGGAGGUUAUGCUAAAUCGGGACCUGCUGGAGAUGCUGAAAAACGGAGGCUUCGAUUUCCGGCAACCGUCGCUGCUGUUCCUGCCGCCCAAAUUCUACUCCACCGUGCCGCUCGACCACGGCCACAUGACACCGGAGCAGAUCCUGAGCGGCAGCGUGCUGGAAACAUCAUCGUCAUCAGCAUCAUCACCGGCAGCCGCCGUCGGUGGCAAAGCGGAACAUCAGAAAGCAGCUGCCAUCGGCGUCCGGGGUGACCAGCCUCAGUCGGUGGCCGCCGCCGCCCGACUCAACUUGAUUUCGUAUUCCGACGGCAAAGUGACGUUCGCGGGGCAGCCGAAACCGAGUGGAAGCGACCGGCAGUCAGCGACGGCCAAUAAAGGAAGCGCAACAUUAGGGGAAAAUGUCGGUACAAAUGUGGAAUCACUUCGGGCCACCGGUGGACGCGAUGGCGGCACGGGGCGGGCAACAAACGACCGUCCCCUAACGACCUCGAUAACGGAUCAAACGGUGUCACAGAAUGUCGCCCGCACACUUCCGGCUUCCGGUGGCCGCCGGGUGAGUGCCGACGGGGGAGCGACGACAUCGGCCACGGAGCGGCUGCGUUCGGCGCUGCCCGGCGAACCGGAUGUGGAUUAUCCCAUUCUGGGCAGCGUUCCGUCGACCGGCUUCAGCUGCGAAGGGCGCGCUCACGGGUACUAUGCUGACACCGAGACCCGCUGCCAAGUGUUCCGCGUGUGCGCCAACACCGAUGCGACCGGGCGAGGCUUCGGGUUCCUGUGCCCUAAUGGGACGCUCUUCAAUCAGCGCUUCCUCGUGUGCGAUUGGUACACGAACGUGCAGUGCGAGGCGAGCAAGGACUUUUACCAUCUCAACGCGGACAUUGGCCGGAUGAGUGGUCGGCCGAUGGUGAGCGACGAUCGCGACGACAUGAUGGACGCCGUGAUGUCAAUGAUGACCUACCCGAUGCGAUCGCUGAUGCGGAUGAUGCAGGCAACGCCGGACCUGGGACGACCGAAGGUGGUUCCCGCGGAAGUGCCAAGAGGGGGUAAACCACCGCAGUACCCAUUGCCAGCCGUUGGGCUGGAGGCUCCCCACCGGCCACACACUGGAACAGGUCCCCAGUUGUCUGGUCUGGCAGUUGGAGAGCAGCUAAGGACACCGGUCAGCAAUGCCGCACCGGUACCGGCGUAUGUACCUCGGCUGGAUCAGGUGUACGUCUCGAGCCUUGGAUCGCUGUCCACCGAUGCGGAAUCAGGAUUCGAUCCACUACGCUCGACCCUGCUCAACGGAAAGGACUCCACGAAAGGAACACCACACCCGGCCAGGCCGCAGAAGAAUCAACUCCAGACCCGCAACGAGCUCGCCGGCAGUAAGCUUCAGGUGGUCCAGGCCGAUCUAGUUAAGUACUGGAGCGACCAGGGCGUUCGGACCGCGACACCGUCCUCGUUGAAGCUUAGACCAGUGUCGGAAGCUUUCAAACCGGUGGUCUCCACCCAGCACCGGAUUGGUCAAUCGGCUUUACCGGUGGUCAACCCGAACUGGCCAAUCCUCCCCCCAACCGGGGUCCUGCCACCGUCAACCCUACACCGAAACGCGGACCCACAGAGCGGAGGAAGGCUUUUCAACGAUUUCACGCACCAGCCGACACACCGAUUCACGCCGGUCCGGAAGGUGGUGCCGAUCCAGAAGGUGACCGUACAGCCAGAUAACCGCUACCGCCAGUCUUCGGGUGCCCUAGUGUUUGGCCACAACGUGUUUCUCACACCGGGCCGACCGAAAGCAGCGGCUGCCAAGGCGCACCUGCAGCAGGCAUCGUCCGAACGGCGGCAGAUUCUUCGUCGAAUCGAUACGGUGCCGAAGCAUCGGAAGAUUUCGCUCCAAGUGGUACCCUCGUUGGCGUACUACCUGAACGAUGUGCAGGAGAAGCGGGCUUACGAUGAAGCCGUGUUCCACGGAUUGCUGGACGAGCGAAGGCACGACGCGUACCUCCGAUGGGCCGGAAAAUCUGUCGCGGCAAGCUCCUACGAGGUGCCACCCGGUAGCGUUGGUCGACUCUAG